AUGCGGCAAGGCGGAGAAGGAGUGCGGAGGAAGGGCGGCUUCGGGCUCGUGGCGGACCGGAUCCAGCGAGGGGGAGGCCGGAUCCGUCGGCUAGCGACGCGAGGAGCUCACGGCGGAGCUCGAGCGCCAUGGGAGUUAAGUAGGAAAAGGAGAGAGCGGCGGUGUCGCGGGUACAUGCGCACACUCGCGGACGCAGGCAAACGGCUCCGGCAGGAGACGUGGCGCACGACAGUGACAACGGCUCUCCUCAGGAGGACCUUGGGCAUUGAGAGGUUGAGCUGUGCGCUGCACCAAGGACAGAGCCCACUGACUGCUCGUCAUGGGCCACCGCCACCACGCCUUCGACGGGAUCGGACCUCCACCACUCCAGCAAGCAGGAGCAUCGUGGUGGUUGCGGUUUGUACUGUUAAUUAA